UUUUCUGCCACCAAUCGACAUUGAUACCCCCCUCCCCUGUGCUUUGUUGCUUGUUGGCCUGUACUUAUUUUCCUUUUGCCUUCUUUUCCUCUUCUUGAGAUACCCCCCCCACAAACAAACGAGAUACCCAAUCCUAUUUUUUUGCGGAUUUAUAACCACUUAUAUUUUAAUAAUCCCCUUCCUCAAAGUAACAGCCUGAAGAGCUCUCCCUCAAGCUUCAAAGGGUACGAAAAGGGUAAAAAACAUACACACAAGACCACAGGUCAAGGAACGUUGUCAUCUAGAUCCUGCUAGACAGACACACGCGAACUUCUUGCCUUGAAACAUCACCAUCUCAUCGAGUCAAGUCAUGUCUGAAGCUCAAAAGCCCGUCGAGGAGACCCCCGUUGCUCCUCCAGCCGCGGAGACCGCUGCUCCUACCACCGAAGCCCAGCCUCCAGCUGCUGAAGCUCCAAAGGACGCCCCCGCCGAGUCCGAGGAGCCAGCCAAGGAGGAACAGAAGGCAGAGGUGACUCCCGCGACCGAUGGCGUGCUCGGCCACAAGGCACCCGGCUUGGUCAAGAGCCUUCGUUUCUCUAAGCGCUACUUCUGGUUCAGCGACGAUGCUGUCGAGGUCUCCAAGCUCAGCACCUACUUCCAGAACGAGAAGCUGAGCAUCGCCCACCCAACCGCCGCCUGGGCUAGCCAGACCGGAAAGGGCCUGCUCUUCAUCGCCAAGCGUGCCGAGGACAAGGCUCACCCUACCGGAAUGAUCAACUUGGCCGAGGUCUCCGAUAUUGCCAAGGAAGGUUCCAACGAAUUGACCUUCAAGUGGAACGGCCACAAGCAUGCUUUCCAGGCAACCUCCGGCGACGAGCGUGACAGCUGGUUCGCCGCUAUCGAAGCUAAGUCUGCUGAAGGCAAGGCUGAAAAGGAAACCAUCGUCGGUAGUGACGGAUAUAAGGCCGAACUCGAGAAGCUGACUGCUAAACCCGCAGCUGCCACGGUCGCCCCUAGCUCGCCAAAGAAGAGCCUUGAGGCCAAGGGCAAGGAUGCUGCGAAGAAGCCCGAGGGCGAAGAAGCCAAGGCAAAGAGCCGCUCUCAGUCUCGCAAGCGCGCAAGCAUCUUCGGAAACAUCCUAGGCAAGAAGGAUGAGGGAGAGGCUAAAAAGGAAGAACCUAAGACGGAGGACAAGGCAGAGGGAGAGGAUGCUAAGAAGCCUGAGGCGGAAACCCCUGCUGAAGAGCCUGCCGCUGCCGCCGCCACUACCGAGGCCGAAACUCCAGCUGAGACCACUGAAGCGGCUCCAGCUACGGAAGCCAAGCAGGAAGAGCCCAAGCGACCUGAGGCCAAGGCUAAGCGCAGCUCCGUUUUCGGAAGCUUCCUCCAGAAGGUCACCAACCAGGGCCACGGCAAGGCUGACAAGGAGCCCGCAGCCAAGCCAGCAGAGACCACCACCACCGUCUCUAGCACCGCUCCACAGCUCGGUGACCCAGUCAACCCUGAUGCGUCUGAGCCAAUUCAGCCUGAGAGCGUGACUCAGCCAGAGGCCAAUGAGCCUGCUAAGGAGACACAAGAAGAGCCCGCAACUUCUCCAUCUUCUAUCAAGGGUGGAUUCCUUAACUUCAUCAAGAAGGAUAAGCACGAGGAGAAGAAGGAGGCUAAGCCUGAGGACAAAUCCGACAAGAAGCCAGAGGAUGCCCCUGCUGCUGAGGAACCAGCUGCCCCUGAACAGGCCACCGGUGCCACGUUGAAGGAAAAGAGACGUACUUCGUUCUUCGGAAACUUCGGUACCAAGAAGGAGAAGAAGGUCGAGGCUGCUGAGGGUGAGCAGGCCGAGGGUGAACAGGCAAAGGCCCGGUCCCCAUCUAUCCCAAGGCUUGGUGGCCUCUUCCGCAAACCAAGCAAGGCGGUCAAGAAGGACAAGGAAGUUGCGCCUGCUCCUGCUGAGGGUGAAGCUCCCGCCGAGAACACCGAAAUCACUGAGAUCAAGGAGACGACUGAAACCGCCACCCCAGCUGUAAAUGGAGCCGAGACCUCUGAGAACAAGCCUGCCGAACCUGCCACACCCGCUGCACAGCCCGUCCAGGCUGCUGCUUGAAGGGCUGAGGCUAGGACGAGCAUAGUUGAGAUCGAGAAAUGGUGGGACCAGCGCUACAUGUCUCGACCUGGCACGUUUCAAAUCCAGUAAAUUGCUUCUCCUAGCCGUAAAGCAAAGCCCCUGGAAGGAUGCAUGAAAAGAUCGUCUCCCACCGCCUCCAUCACUGACAAUACGGAAUAAAAAAAAUAUUAUGACGCCAUGACCUGGAAGACAAGCCAAAGCCCCCACCUCUCCUAUCUCGUAUGAAUUCGCCAUGUCAAAUUCCAUUGCUCGCUCGCGCGGACGCGGCCUGUGUCCCAUUUUGUGUUAUUGUCUUUCGGUGCGUUGUGUUUGGGAACCUACUAAAAUUUAAAAUUGCGAGGUGGACGUGAAUGAUACCCAAUAACCCCCCGAUACCCAAUUGUUGCCGUGUUUGAUAAUGCCCUUUUGUUUUGUCGCUGGGUCUGCUAUUUUGAAUCUUUUCUUGAUUAUUUUUCUUGCCAAGUGUGGUCUAUUUGGUUCUUAUUUGUCGUAUGGAUGUACAUCAGACGAACCAUAUCUUUAUCUAUCUUGCGAGUGUCGUGGCUGUUCUUAAUUCCCGUUGACUUGAGCCGAACUGAUUUAGGAGGUUGCGAUGUGACCGUCUUGCUUCUAUUCUGCGCGAGUCAUUGGGAAGAGAUUGUAGCUAGUAUUCUUGAUAGUCUCGACGCUGAUGUUUUAUUAAUAAUUAAUAGUGCUUGUUAUCUUCUGU